UUGAAAUAUUUAUUUUAACUUCCUUUCUUUCGGCGAUAUAUAUUCAUAAUUUUUUUCAACUUUUUAUAUCUUCAGAAAUAAAAAAAAAUGAAAAUGAGCUUAACGAAUCCUGAAGACAUAAAAGUACCGUUCCCCCCUCAAAUCAAAGCAGAAGAUAUUCUCGAAAAACGUAGACAAAAUCGAAAAUCAGCAAAGAGUCCAAAUGCAUUUUUUAUCUAUCGUAUUGCAUAUUUGGAUCAAUUAAGAUUACAUAACUUUAGAGUUAAAAUGACUGAUAUGUCUGGUUAUGUUAGUGCUUCUUGGAAGAAAGAACCUUCAAAUGUCAAGGCUACUUAUAAAGAUCUUGCACGUAAAGUUGAAAGAUUAGUCAUAGAAGCAAGACAAAAAGCUCUCGCUCAACGUUCACAACCACCAGAACCAGUUUAUCUUGAACCAUAUAAUUAUGUUAAUAAUAAUUAUAGUCAUAAUAAUUUUGCUGCUGGAAAUCCUUAUUAUAAUGUUACUUUUUAUCAACCGCAACCGUUCGUGCCUACUCAAAAUUUCGUAAAUUUCAAUUUUGAGAAUAAUUAUUUCGACAAUAAUAAUCAAAUUUCCCCGACUUUAUCAUCAGAUGAUAAUAAUUUAUCUCCAGCAUUCGAAGAUAUACAAUUACCUUCAAUUAAUCGUUUAGAAGGAGAACAACCUUCUUUUAAUUUAUAUAAUAACUACAAUAAUGGCAUAAAUCUCGAUAAUAUGUUUUAUUAAAUUGGCAAAAAAAAUUAGUAGAAAA